GWGGGUGUCAUGGCUUGCUGAAAUGACAUGGAAUGACCCUUUAUUAUGUCUUUCAGGMAAUGCAGAGGACCAACCAGAGGAUAUGCUCAAAUACAAAGCCAAAAAGAAGAAGCCUAAACUCCUGAAUAAAUUUGAGAAAACGAUCAAGACAGAAAUUGAUGCGGCUGAGAAGUUACGUAAAAAGGGGAAAGUGGAGGAGGCUGUCCGGGCUUUUGACACUCUAGUUCAGCAGUACCCCCAGAGUCCAAGGUGUCGCUAUGGGAAAGCCCUGGCCGAAGAUGACCUGGCAGAGAAGAUGCGCAGCAACGACAUGCUACAGAAGGCCCUCAGCACRUACAAGGAGGCGUCAGAGCUGCCCAACGCCACGCCUGACCUCAUCAAGGCCACACUGAAGAAACGGGCCGAACGUCAGCAGUUCUUAGGUCGUAUGAGGGGUGCCUUAGCCACGUUGGAGAAGCUGGUACAGAUCUUCCCUGAGGACGUGGCCCUGAAGAACGAUCUGGGCGUGGCUCACCUGCUCAUCGGAGACAACAAGAGCGCCAAGAGGGUCUACGAGGAGGUGUUGGCCAUUGCACCAAGUAACGGCUUUGCUAAAGUCCAUUACGGCUUCAUCCUCAAAUCAGAAAACAAGAUAGCAGAGAGCAUCCCAUUCCUCAGGGAUGGUUUGGAAUCAGGAGACCCUGGCACAGACGACGGCAGGUUUUACUUCCACCUCGGAGACGCUUUACAGAGAAUGGGAGACGACAGUGCCUACAAGUGGUAUGAGAGAGGGCACCAGAGAGGUCACUUUGCCUCCGUAUGGCAGCGAUCUCUCUACAAUGUGGACGGUCUCAAAGCCCAGCCAUGGUGGACGCCCAAGGACACUGGCUAUAUGGAUCUAGUCAAGACCCUGGAGAGGAACUGGAGGACCAUUCGAGACGAGGCCCUGUCAGUGAUAGAUAAAAGCACCGGCCUCUUUGUUCCAGAAGAGGAGAACCUCAGAGAAAAAGGGGAGUGGGGCCAGUUCACACUCUGGCAGCAAGGCAAGAAGGCAGGGGAGUCCUGCCACAGUGUUCCAAAGACCUGUGGCCUGUUGGAGCGCUACCCAGAGGCAACAGGCUGCAAGAGAGGACAGAUCAAGUUCUCGGUGAUGCAGCCUGGUACUCACGUCUGGCCCCACACGGGGCCCACGAAUUGUCGCCUGCGCAUGCACCUGGGCCUGGUCAUCCCAAAGACAGGCUGCAAGAUCAGGUGCACCAACGACACCAGGGCUUGGGAGGAGGGGAAAGUGCUCAUCUUUGAUGACUCCUUUGAGCACGAGGUGUGGCAGGACGCUGACAGCUACCGGCUCAUCUUCAUCGUGGAUGUGUGGCACCCCGAGCUCACCCAGUACCAACGGCAGACUCUCUCCCCCAUUUAAAGAAUGUACGGCAAAAUGACUGACAGACUGUCACCUACUGGAGUGCUGGGGUUAACACUCUUGACCCAUAAGAACGGAAGGGUCCAUAGUAUCUGGUCUCUGUCUGUCCACCCAUUCCUUCACAGUUGGCCAUUUUAGGUCAAAGGUGACAAAUGUGACACUUGCCCUUCAAGGGCUCCAUUUUGGAACCGUCUAGAAGAGUUACUGAAGGCCCUGUCAGAUUGGAAAAAGCCUUAGUGACACUUUGGAACACUGACUGCUAAAUGUGGUACUCGCCAACUAGGUGUUUAGGCCAAAAUGUGGAUUUACGGUAAGGUGUGGGUUUAAUAUCACAUAGGCUGUGUUGUAAAUGUAUCACAAGUGCAUUCUUGUUUUUCAUUAGUCAACCAAAGUGCCGUGUGUCUGAAACAUACCUAACAUACAAACGGUAACUGAACAAAACUUUAGUAUUGCAGCUAGUGAUUUUAAUGUUGUAUAGUUACUGAUAUAAUUUCUUAAAGAGAUCGUUUUCCUGGUUUUUAUCMCAAUCUUAAUCGUUUUCUUUCCUCAAGAAAAGUUUUGAUGAUUUUCAUGUUCAAGUCUUCAAAAACGUGAGGUAAGAACUAAAAUAAGAUUAGAGUAACACGGAAAACUAUCCCGCUAAGAUGUUGCUAAGCUAGCUAAAACUCUGCUAGCUGUUGUUUCUCUAACACUUGAUUGGUUAUUACACAGCUCUUAUUGCAUGUAAUGGUCAUGCAUUAACUUCAUGUUACUUCCAUAGCUUUAUACAGUAAUCUGACUCUUACUUUUUUGGGGGUUCUAUUUUUAGAAAUACAGAAACACUGCUUAUUAGGUCAUUCCAUUUCACUCGUAUGAUUUUCGCAUGUCACUUUAGAUUAAUGGAUGGGACAUCACAAUGCCAA